AGGUUGUGGUAUAGGCACGAAUUUUAUUCACCGUAACCAGUAGAGAUCAUAUACCUUCCUUAUACUCUGUUACUACGAUUAUGUUCAAGUAUUUGGAAAUACUUGGCACUAUUUUCCUGGCAUUUACUGCUUUGGUACAAAAUUUUGUUAACAACCCUUCGAUCCUAUGGGACUCAAAGAAUCCAAUGUAAGUAGCAAUUUUAAUGUUUAUUGUGUUUGUUGUGCAAGCAACUUUUCGGCUAGAGCCUCGGAACGAAACCAUGCACUGAUUUAUAUAAAAAUAUUUGUCUUUUGUGAUAACUUACACAUAAGGCGAUCCUACAAGUUAGGGACUCGAAUAAUUGCUUCCAAAACAAAACUUUUUUUCAGCAUAACUGAUGUCACAUAGUUUGUUUACACAGAAAAAAGUCACGAUUCUUUUGCAAAGUUUCAAAGGAAUUCAGUACUUACAAAAAGUAGACAACGAAAGCGAUUGCGUCAUUAAUAGAUCCUCCGUGAAUCAUUCAACUAGACUAAAUAUAUAUCAGUCCGAUAAUUUCUUGUCCGUCCUUGAUUGAGAAAAGGAAAGUGAAGACUCGAGUUCGGCAAGCUCAAGAUUGCGCCAAAACAUUUACAGUAGAUUGCGAAAUCUUAGCUGAGGAACGCUAUGCAGUUGUUGUUGUUGUUUCAUAUCAAGUGAAACUAAACUAAAUCCCGAUUCCUGAGUUACUAACCUAACAGUCAUGCGCAAGUUAAAUCUAAAUCCGUUAAUCCGGAUGAUUUCUCGUUACAAAAUAUGCGAUUACGGUAUGAUAAAGUCCCCAUAUUUAGUCUUCUACUAAGUGCUGGUAAUCCCCAAACACUUUUUUGGAACCACUUUUUAGAUUUUUUAGUUGUGGCAAGAAGCUGAGCUUCAAGAUAAGACGGUACAUUUAUAAGCGGAUUUAGUCUGGUAUCAUCGUGAUAUAAAUUUAACUGUAAUUGGGUUCGGCUCCAGUUAUCAUUUCUCAAGUACAGUAACUCUAUAAGUAAAGAUGUGCAAGAUGUAGAAAAAAAAGGAAGGGACAAGCGUUUUGCCAAUUUAGUAUGUUAAGGCAAAAUUUGACUCAUAAAACAAUCUCGGACAUUCUAUUGAGAAUUAUGAAUUGCUUAGAAUUGGAAAAUUGAUGUUGGGAAGUUUAAAUAUAUGUUAUACGGAUUCGAUAUGGUAGUCAUAUUUGUAUCCUCAUCUUUACUUUACAAAACUAUACAAGGACAAAAAUUUGCCUAGUCCUGACAAAAAAGGCCAGUCAUUUCCACUACGACUUCUAGAACUAAUUACAGGAGUCACAGUGAACUCGUUAAAAGCAAUUUUCCGCUCGGUUUUGUCAGUUUAAUUUCAUAUUCAUUGAUAAACACCCUCGUGCUAAUUAUAUUCUGCUGAGGACGUAGCCUGCUCUAAUUGUUAUAUAAUAUAUCGAAAUAAAACAGUAAUAAGGCAAGACGAUGUAUUACAUUAAAAGUGCCAUUUCCUAUACCCGAGACUUGUGCCAGCAUUUUGACACAUUGGUCUGGCUUAAACUUGUUCUCUUAGUUUUUUUUUUUUUUUUUUGUAUUUUAAUGAAUUUUUUGUUUUAAAAUGUUUUACAUUUUUUUUACAUUCUGACUUAUGAACACGGAACACGUAAAGAAAAAAUACAAAAAACGGAAAGGAAAACUAAACAUUAUACAUCGCAGACUAACACACAAUUACAUACUUACAAAAAAGAAAACAAACGAAACAAAAACCCAGUACCUUCUUUUCUAUUUACAUGAAAAAAAAAAGUAAAAUAAAAUAAAUAAAUAAUAAAGAUUAAUAAUAAAUAAAGUAAGCGGAGAAGAGAUCGUAUGCUAAUCAGUUUUAUAUUUGCCCCAUUUCAUAUUGUGGGUCUCCAACUUAUUGUUUGACUCAGCGAUCAUUGUCUCUAUUAAGAAGACAGUAUUAAUUUUGGAAUGAAGAACUCUGAUGGAGGGAGGAUAUUUGUUCUGUCUACAAGAGUAUAGAUAUUGUUUUGCCAGUAAUAAAAUAUGAUUCACAAAUAUCUCAUCCUCACACCCAAUAAUACCAAACAGUAUAUCUUUGUCUGAAAGAUUUUCAAUCUUGACUUUAUGAUCAACAAGCCAUUUUAUAACCUCAGACCAGAAAUUCUCAGUAUAAUGACAAGACAGAAAGAGAUGUUCGAGGGAUUCGUCCGAUUCACCACACAAGGAGCACGCUGGAGAUGGUAUAAUACCAAUUUUGCAUAAGAAGGUAUUUGUCACAAGGCAUCUGUUUAAUAAUUUAUACUGAAAUUCGCGAGUCUUUGUAUCUAAGGCAACACGAUAUGGCAAGCUAUAGAUCUUUUUCCAGUUCAAAGUAUCAUUGACAAAAUUAACAUCAAACUUUAGUUUAGCAGUUGGUGGAGUGACGAUUCUGUUUCGAAGUUCUUUAUAGACAAUUUUCGAAUACGCUUUUUCAAGUAAAACAAAAAUUUGCCUAGUCCUGACAAAAAAGGCCAGUCAUUUCCACUACGACUUCUAGAACUAAUUACAGGAGUCACAGUGAACUCGUUAAAAGCAAUUUUCCGCUCGGUUUUGUCAGUUUAAUUUCAUAUUCACUGAUAAACACCCUCGUGCUAAUUAUAUUCUGCUGAGGAAGUAGCCUGGUCUAAUGGUUAUAUAAUGUAUUGAAAUAAAACAGUAAUAAGGCAAGACGAUGUAUUACAUUAAAAGUGCUAUUUCCUUUACCCGAGACUUGUACCAGCAUUUUGACUCAUUGGUCUGGCUUAAACUUGUUCUCUUAGUUGCGUGCAGAGCAUAGGUAAAAUCUACGACAAAAACGCGGUGAUUUCCAAUUUUACACCCUUAUGCUAAGAACGUCACCGAAUUUUAUACACGAAAAAAGAUUUGAAUUCUAAUUACCACAUCCUCUUUUGUAGCCUGGGUGCUUGUAACAAAGCACAAAUGGCGUUAUUUAGGUUUUUAAUCUUACUAUUUCACUUAAAAUCGACGAUUUUACUGCCUUUGUACCCCUCUAUACAAUGGACGCCGUUUAAUCCCAUGUAAGUAUUAAAUGCUGUGAUCAGGUUAUUUUUAUUGCAAAAUCUUUGCUUUGCCGCGUGGCGUGAACUUUGAUUCUUUUUUCAUUUCUUUUGUUUAAUUAGGAGUUUGUUCAAAUUUUGUUACCCUGGUCCCAGAGGUUUUUCUUGAUUUUUCUUCGCGAAAGAGAUCAAGAGCAAACAGCGAAGCGGCGACAACGAGUCGCGAAAGCGACGAGGAGAGACAGAAAAACCUCUGGUUACCUUGACCUCGAAUCUCACUUCCAUGUAGACGACAGGGUCAGGAUCUGACCCUCGGGCGUUGAUUGGUUGAUAUUUUUUCAAACGCGCAAACCAAUUUGAUUGGCUCGUUUAAUUGUAACUACCGAGGGGACGCUGAGGAUUUUCACACCUCAUUUUGCCUCUCUCUACUAGGGAAGAAAAUUGUUUGUAUGCUUCACUCGCAAUAACAUUUGCACGGGACCAAGGCACGUAGAGGCACGCUAUGGAUGUUGUUCCUGAAAGAAUAUUCGAAGAAAUUUUGACCUCGGUACUUAAUGAGCGCUUUCCCGAGUCUCACUGAGCAACAAAAGAAAGCUUUGUUCGCUGCGUUGAGUCGAAAGGAUGUGUUCACCAUUUUAUCAACCGGACAUGGAAAGUAUAUUUUCUGUUACAAUACUGUCAUUCCAUUAAAUAAACUAACUUGUUUAGGGCAGCAAAAUAAAAAAUCUCCGAAUACGGAAUGAAAGUUUCCUUGUAGGAAAAAAAAACAUACAACUUUGUACAAGUGCGUAAUCAUUUUCGGUGCAGCUUGAUUUCCUGCGACGCCCAAAAAGAUCUAACCGACGCUAUUUUUGGCAUAGACCUAUUCGGUCAACUCAAUGUUGUACCCAAUUCAAAUCUCCGGGGAUAAGAUUCUUUGUGUAUUGCACUUGCAUUAUAAUGUGGUAUUCACAUUUAAAUGAUAUGGAAAUUCCUGAAACAAAACGUUUUAUUCCCAAAGGGUUUGAAUUGGGUACAUUGAGUUAGCCGAAUAGGUCUAUUGGGCCAACAAAAACCUCUGAAAGUACAUUCCGAACCUUAAGGGUUUGUUGUGCUGCAUGACUCUUCCUAGCGUCGCUGUUCCACAAAAAAAGGAAAUGUAGCAACCAAACCAAAAUGCGACCCAGAUUGCCAGAAUACAUAUUAAUAUUACUAUUUUCAGGGAAAUGCCCGCGCAUCGACGCGAACGGCGCGCCCCGCAGAAGUAAACAAUGUAAUAAGCGCGAUUGAUAGACUCUUGCAAACUUUACAACUUCCCGCUGGCACACUGCCGACAGAACAGAUGACAAUGUUUGUGAAAAAUCCUUGUUAUUAUACCCAAAUAAAUUCUGCAAAUCCUGCAGCAUUCGUUUGGAACAAUGUCGGUUUCUUUAUAAAGUGGUCUUCUUAUUCCUGGACUCUUGUCGCCCAUUGUUAACACAUGCUUUAGCUUGACCCCGAUUAACAAAUCACUCUUUACCACCCAAGUGAAGAUGGUUUGUUCAUAACAUAAUUUCCCCAGGUCUACCCCCACUUAAAAAAAUAGCGGCUGAUAAGCACGUGUUUGCUAAGUUGCCAUUGGUCACUCUUUUUAUUAGCAAUUUGACGCGUUUGACAGCUGUCGUCUGCAUGGAAGUGAGAUUCGAGGUCAAGGUAACCAGAGGUUUUACUCUCUCUCCUCGUCGCUUACGCGACUCGUUGUCGCCGCUUCGCGGCUUGCUGUUGAUCUCUUUCGCCAAGAAAAAUCAAGAAAAACCUCUGGGACCAGGGUAAAAUUUUGUGGUUCAUGAUCUUGCAUAAAUCUUCCUGAAUGCUUUAUCGUUGGAGAAAUAUAAUACUCUGUUAAAAAAGAAAAGUCUAUAUAAGUAAAAUAAUCGUUUUCUAAAAGAAUGAUCCAAGUUCUGCGUUCGAUCUGAUCUUAGUCAUCUCAAUAAUCACCGCGGAAGACAAUUUUGUCAGCAAUUAUAAUGCUAAACGCUGGAUCUGUGAACUUCGCGGAGUGUAGGCUAACUAUGUUAAUCGUACCUCCUUUGGUUGGUAGGACAGAGGAGAAUUUUAACCGAGUUUAACGUAUCAUUAGCUUUAUACCAAACAGGUCGAUUAAAAACAGUGCCGAUGACUUCUUUACAUAGUGUCAUCAUUUCUAAGACUGAUUCUAAUUAGCAGUUUAAGAGUGUUGUUUUGAAAGCAUGGUUUACAUUCUUUUGAAAAUUUCACUGAGGACCUAUUGAUAAAUCUCUGACCAGUAGAUAACGAAAUUUGUUUCCCUUAAAUAUACUUAUCCGAUGAUUUAUCCGGUGGAUUAAGCGCCAUAUAUCAAACGUUUGAAAACUUGUGACCAGAUUAUUCACCCUCUCGGUCUCCGGGCAGAAUAAUUCUUCGCUUUCCUUAAAACCACAGUUUACGAUCAGAACUAAGUGCUCUCAUUUCUUGCAGAUUUCAAACGAACUAUUCCACUGCAGUACUACCCAUGAGCAAAAUCAAAAUCGUUUGCCCGAAUCCCGCAAUGAUCCCAGCGCCCGUAAUGGGAAACAUCCCGCGAGAAGAGAUGUACGAGAACUUGUGGAUGGUCAACAAACAGGCAUAUGACAACUGCACAAUAAACUCUUCUCAUCAAAACAGAUUACUGAUGAAGUGUGAUACGCCGUUGCACCUGCGAUACUUCACAAUAGUAUUUCAGCGGUUUAGUGCAGUUGGUCCAAGCGGCUUGGAGUUUGAACCAGGGAAGGAGUAUUACUUCAUUGGUAAAAUAAUAAUUCAUUCAUGCAUCUCAACAUAUUAUCAUUGUUUUUGUUUUUUUCUUGAAAUUGUGUGUUAUGCAUUUUAAAGCGCAAUUUAUCUUUGGUUAAUUGUGUGUGUGUGUGUUAUUUUUUUUUUGUCGCUUUUUCUUGUAUUUUGUAUUUUUUUAGUCUUGUAAUAACUUCCUUCGUUAAGAUAACCUUAGGAAAAGGCAGAAUUUCCAAUAAAACCAAAAAGGUUACAAUUAAACUUAUUUGAUAGGGUUAUUCCUGUUUGUAAUACUGAUUGCUGACCUAACACCUUCUUGCAACUAUGCCAAUUUUGGAAUGAUAAAUUACCUUAUCGAUAAUUUUAUAUUUCAAGUUCAAAAUUGCGUUUUUUUAACGUCUGAAUGGUUUUAAGGGGCUGUUUUCCUUACUAUUAUCGAGUGGUCAGGGCUCCAGACUUGCAAGUUUUAUGCUAAUUGUGAAUGGAAAAUGUGACGUAAAUGACAUUAAGGAUGCUUACAGCAUACAUUAAGAAUAACUAUAACAAAGUGAGGAAAACAAGAGUAACUAUAACAGUGUUCACAUAGUUAAAAUAGGGAUGUGGAACUGAUCAUGAGAUAAAAGCAAAAAAUCAUUUUGGUGUUCUGAGAGACUAUGAAAUCAGUGUAGCAAGCAACUUAAGUGUACAGCGAAAAAAAAGACAGAAGAAAGAAAUGGCUUUUCACUAUACCGCCGAUUUAGGAGUCUUCGCAAAUUGAAGAACUACAAUUUUCUCUCAGUGUUGACUCACAGUCAGCUUACCUGCUUUUUCAUAUUUCAGCCACUUCUUCUGGGCGAGAAUUUUCUCUGGGUCAGACAUCAAGUGGAAGAUGUUCUACGCACAACAUGAGGCUUAUAAUCUACGUUUGCAGAGAUACAAAUGGUAAAUCCAAUUUUUAUAUGAUGCAAUCUUUUUCUCAUCACCCUUUCAAACCCAGGGUCGGCCUCCUUAUCCUCGCCUUUCAGACUCGUCCCGGGGCCAAUUCGCGCUAUUCCAAUGAGCGGAGGAGACUUGGAGCCGACAAGCGUAAUGUGACGUACGUGGUGACGUCAUACACAUCAGAGCUUGCCGGGGACGAGUAGGAACGAGGUUAACCUUAAUCAUCACCUGGUUUCACGUACUCGUGACGUUGAACUCACGCUGUCUCUGUACCUCUUGAUGAUAUUUCUCACAUUUUCAAUAGAUUCAAAGUGCAUUACAAGUCCAGUUGUGUCUACUGUUCCACCGACAAAGACGGUGACUGUAUGUCCUACCUCGACUCAAGCUGCUUUUGUCUCCCCUUCUGUGACAAAGCCAACAUACUGUUCAGGUAUAGACCUAAAAUUAUGCACACAUGAUUAUGCACAUGGACGCACGUGCAUAUGACCAAAUCUGAAAAAAAAAACUGUCCUCUGUGGUACCAUCACGUGGUCUGACGAAACUUGCCAUUCACUGACUUGGUAAAUACUAAUGCAUACUAUUGUCCAAUGCUAAACAGUUUUUUUUAUUUGAGGGGUCACGCCACUUAAAAAAUUAGAACCACCUUGUACAGCAUAACAAACAGUACCACAGGAAAGUACUGCUCAGUAGCUUUCAUUUGAAUGGUCACACCAUGGGAUUUCACUGAUCCACAGACUCCAAAAAUCACUCCUGGAAUUACUGAAUGACGCUUGUAGGGAGUUCAUGAAAUGAUUUGUAGUCAGAAGUACGUCUAGUCAUAAGUAAUAUUCUAUAAAACCUGAAUGGUAAAAGAUUUGCAUUUGAGUUGAUUAAUUUCUUCACCAUAUAAUGUUUGAACAUAAGCUAAUCGUCAUAUCGCUUUUCUUUGAAAAGCCACAGCAGACAAGCUACAAGUAAACGAAUUGUUAAACAACACACGACUCAUACCAGAAAUAUUUAACCAGACGAGUCACAUGACUGCAAUAUGGGCUCAGCUGAAGAAUAUGUCUCUUCAAUUGAAUGCCGUUCAGGAGAAACUCGAAAAUUGCAGCUUCGGCGUUGGUAAUAGUCACGUGACGGAAGCUCCUCCAACGACGCCAACUCCAGGUCAGUUGUUACAUCAUGACAUGACGUCACGAAGAGUUAAAACAUGUAAUUUCCACCGACUUCUUCUGCUUAAUUCCCUCCCUUUUAGACCUCCUCUCUUUUUCUUCUCCCGCCUCCCGUACCCCUCCCCCUUAUCUUCCCAGGAUCCCCUCCCCCUGAACUCUCCCAUUUCAAUACGAAGAUGUUCAAAGUGAUGAUAAAAGUUGGCACAAGUUACGUGUGAACAGCUGCGUUGCAAACCGGUAUAUAUACUCUUGUGCUUGCAUUAGAGCUUGCGUCGUAUCCUUUCACACCUACGACACAACGUUUUUUAUUGAGAGAGGAUGAGGUUGCUUAUAACUCAUAUUAACUGGUAUAUUAAUUGUAAAUUGUUAUUGAAUUGUAGUUUUCGCUGACUGCACGGAAAUUUACAGCGCGGGAUUUACUGCCAGCGGAGUCUACGUUAUAAAGCCUCCAGGUGUUACAACAAAGGAUUCCUUUCCAGUCUUUUGUGACCAAACUACGCCCCCGGGAGGCUGGAUAGUGCUUCAGAAACGCUUCGAUGGCUCGGAAAGGUUCAGUAAUCGUACAUGGGCGGAGUACCAGAAUGGCUUUGGUAAUCUGACAGGGGAAUUUUGGCUGGGCUUGGAUAAAAUUCAUCUGCUGACUAGGAAUCCGAUGAAGCUUCGGAUUGAUCUUGGGGCUCCAAAUGGGAGUAAUAUAUUUGCUCUUUACCAAGGGUUCACGAUUUCUGGAGCAGACCAGAAGUACAAGCUGACAAGUGGAAGGUUUACAGGUAAAUAAAAAGUAGAGACUUUGACUCUAAGAAGUGCCCGGUAUCAAAAUAUGCCGAGAAAAAUGUGAAAUUUUUUGGGUAAAACAAUUUUAUACAAAUCCAUUUCCAAGCAAUCAUCAAAGAGGUUUACUUUGAAUGAUAACACUAUUCAGUUCUUAACACAGACUCAAAAGUUAGAGCCACGUUGUACAGCAUAAUAAACAGUACCACAAGAAAGUACUGCACAGUAGCUUUCAUGUGAAUGGUCACACUAUAGGAUUUCAUCCACAGACUUAAAAGUUAGAACCACCUUAGCUUGUACAGCAUAAUAAACAGUACCACGGGAAAGUACUGCUCAGUAGCUUUCAUUUGAAUAGUCACACCAUAGGAUUUCAUCCACAGACUCAGAAGUUAGAACCACCUUGUACAGCAUAAUAAACAGUACCACAGGAAAUUACUGCUCAGUAGCUUUCACAUGAAUGGUCACACCACAGGAUUUCAUCCACAGACUCAAACGUUAGAACCACGUUGUACAGCAUAAUAAGCAGUACCACAGGAAAGUACUGCUCAGUAGUUUUCAUUUGAAUGGUCACACCAUAGUAUUUCAUCCACAGACUCAAACGUUAGAACCACGUUGUACAGCAUAAUACCACAGUACCACAGGAAAGUACUGCUCAGUAGCUUUCAUUUGAAUAGUCACACCAUAGGAUUUCAUCCACAGACUCAAAAGUUAGAACCACCUUGCACAGCAUAAUAAACAGUACCACAGGAGAGUACUGCUCAGUAGCUUUCAUAUGAAUGGUCAGACAACAGGAUUCCAUCCACAGACUCAAAAGUUAGAGCCACGUUGUACAGCAUAAUAAACAGUACCACAGGAAAGUACUGCUCAGUAGCUUUCAUUUGAAUGGUCACACCAUAGGAUUUCAUCCACAGACUCAAACGUUAGAACCACGUUGUACAGCAUAAUACCACAGUACCAGAGGAAAGUACUGCUCAGUAGCUUUCAUUUGAAUGGUAACACCAUAGAAUUUCAUCCACAGACUCAAAAGUUAGAACCACGUUGUACAGCAUAAUACCACAGUACCACAGCAAAGUACUGCUCAGUAGCUUUCAUUUGAAUGGUUACACCAUAGGAUUUCAUCCACAGACUCAAAAGUUAGAAUCACCUUGUAUAGCAUAAUACACAGUACCACAGGAAAGUACUGCUCAGUAGCUUUUAAUUUUAAAUGGUCACAUAAUAUGAUUUCAUUCACAGGCUCAAAGUAAUUGCUGAGUAGUUUGUUUGUUUGUUUGUUUUUAAUUUUAACCUCGAAAGUUAAAAAAAAAUUAUCUUUGUGAUUGGCCAAACUUGUCUUAGUGAGGACAUAACGUUUCUUGUUGUGAUUUCAGCUGGGAAUGGCGGCGAUUCCUUUACAAUUGAAAAUGGCAACCUAUUCUCUACAGUAGACCAAGACAAUGACAAAUGGCCCCCGGGAAGCUGCGCGCAGAGAUACAAGAGCGGUUGGUGGCAUGGUAAAUGUCACCAGAGCAGCCUGAAUGGUUUGUAUCUGAAUGGAAGCGACAAGGAUCGCAAUCAUUUUGCUGCUGGAAUCACGUGGUACACUUGGCUAAAAUCUUAUGACUACUUUUUUACCAAAUCAGAAAUGAAGAUUAAGCUUUCCUCUUAGGGAGAUCGUAGCUAGUACAAAGCUCACCUUCAUGCGUUUGUUUUCUUACUUAAACUUAUUGCUGGUUUUUCUGGAAGAGAAGAAAAAAAAUCACUAAUGUUAUGUCACACCCUUUACUACAUUUAUAGUGAACUAACGCAACAGGGCGGGAAGGAAAGAGGACGGCAAACCUGGUGUGAUAAACAGAUCUUUUUGUAAAGGACCAGAAAACAUUAAUGUUACGUGAAGAUCACGACAAAACACGCAGCCUUGUCACGUUUGUUACGCACAAGCGUUUUGCCGUCCUCUUGUGUAUACUCACUAAUAGUGCUGUGUUCAGAACUUAAGCUUCAGAUUUCAUCAAAAAUUAUCGCUAAUUUGAGAUGCUUUACCAAACACUCGACACAGUUUUUCAUCUGCUAUACUGAUACAGGGGUCCCUGAAGUCAGUCUAAAGGCACCUUCCAUUUGUAAGAACUGGCCGGCUGCACCAUUGCCAGACCAGUCAGUUUGAAAAUCAAUAGGCCUUUUCCAACAGUUUUUGCUGAAAAAGCAUUUCUUUGGUGCACAUUAUUUAGGAUUUGAAUGAUCUGGCUGGAGAGGUUUGAUUAAAGGGGAAAUUCUCAUUGCGACGGGAAUGGUCUGGCUGGUCAGUUCUGACAAAUGGAAGGAGCUGUAAAAACGCGGCUGAGUCUCGUUUUCCCAGUUCAUUUGUGUUGUCUUGAUAUGUUUGGCCUUAGUGUCUGGAUAUUGCAUGAAAUUUUGCUUCUCGUGUUUCAUAUAUCUACUUAUUUGUGUUUGUAUAUCAGAUGAAACACUCCUUAUUGUGUUUAAAAAAUUACCUUUUAGUGUUUGGAUACCAGAAGAAACACUCCUUCUCGUGUUUAAAAAAAAUACCUUUCAGGGUUACGCUUGGAUAUCAGAAGAAACACUCCUUCUAGUGUUUUAAAAAAAUACUUUUCAGUGUUUGGAUGUCAAACGCAAGACUCGUUCUUAAGUUUGAUAUAUUACUUCUCUCUGUUUGAUAUCAGAUGAAACACUCCUCCUCAUGUUUGAUGUAGGUGCACCGGAGAGUCAUACAUGUCAAUUUUUUCGUAUUCUUUCCCUCUACAUAUUUGGAGCACUGCAAUUUGUUGAGAUCUAGAAAUUUUGCCACCAUGGCAACGUAUUAACGUAAAGACUUCUCCCCUCCAUCAUCAGAAGGCAUUUUGAAUAUACUGUAGGUUUAAAAAUGAUGAAACUUUUCUGAAGAUCGAUCUCUGCUAGAAUACUGACUUAAAAAGUUAAGGAAAAGUCUUUUAACCAAAGAUAUUGCGGAGGUUGACAAUUCUUGCUUGAGUUAAACAGGCCAGAAGGACUUAUGUAGAGAAAUAAUUAAUGCCAAAACUCAUCACCCUUAAUAUAUUAGCACAAGUUUUACGUUAACCAUAGAAAUAGAGCUAUUAACUACGUACGGAAAAAGAAUGCUUGUCACUUAAAAGCUGUGCCUACAAAUCCUGAUAGUUUCUAAUCCGUG